AUGACCAUCUACAACAUGGGAGAUGGUGGGAAGCGGGGAGAAGGCUAUUCUCAUCCGUUCCAUAUCCACGGAACUCAUUUCUACUUGGUGAAGGUCGGAUUUCCUCAAUAUGAUCAGAAUAUGAUGGUUACUGACAUGAAUCCCGAUAUUCCUUGUUUGAACACCACGGUAAUUGAAGUUUUGUUUUGGGAUGCUCAAUUUUAGACACGUUGUGUUGAUCUUCGUUGGACGUACCCCGAAUGGUCGGACGGAAAUUUGGAUGGAAUGGAGAAGAAUCCGAGCUACAGAGAUACAAUCAAUAUACCACUUGGGGGAUAUAUUACAAUAAGGUGAGCGGGACUAAGUGGCAUAAUGACCGCAUGCCUUUUUGCUAUCCCCCAGUCGUCAGGCAACAUGCGCAAUUUUCCUUUUAUUAAUUCUGCUAAAGAGAACAGCUGGCAUUAGAUGACAAUUAGAUGAGAAUGUCUCAAUUCUUGCGCUCUUUGUUAAUGCCGACCAUUUUAGAUUCCGCGCUUCAAAUCCAGGAUGGUGGUUUGCACACUGUCAUUUAAUGCUGCAUCAUAUGGGUGGAACGGCGUUUGCUUACCGAGUGGGCACUCACGAGCAAGUCCCUCAGCCUCCGGCCAACUAUCCUCAUUCUUGUGGUACUUUCAAACAAGACGUAAGCAAUAACAGUUUUGCAUAGCAUCACCUUCAGCAUUUUUAUGUUUUACUUUCGAUAUGUUAAAUAAUGGUUUUAUUUGUGAUAUUAUUUUCAGGCCAUUCGCCCAGGAUCAACAGCUCAAAUCAACCCCUCAUAUAUUGCAAUUUUGUCAUUCCUCCUUCUUAUUAGCCUAGCUGGAUUACACCUCAAUUAA